CUUGGUCAAAACCAUGUGUAAUAAAUCUGUAAAUAAGGUGGGCGUACUAUAAUAGUUAAAACUGGUGUAAGCAGCAAUGGACCAGAAAAUCUUAUCUCUAGCAGCAGAUAAAACAGCAGAUAAACUGCAGGAAUUUCUUCAAACCCUGAAAGAAGAUGAUUUGACUAAUCUCCUUCAGAUUCAUGCAGUGAAAGGAAAACACACUGGAGCCCUCCUGAGAGCCAUCUUCAAAGGCUCCCCCUGCUCUGAGGAGGAUGGAGUCCUUAGGAGACAUAAGAUAUACACUUGUUGUAUCCAUCUAGUGGAAUCAGGAGAUUUACAGAAACAAGUAGCAUCUGAGAUCAUGGGAUUACUAAUGCUGGAGGCUCACCGUUUUCCAGGACCAUUAUUGGUUGAACUGGCCAAUGAGUUUAUUGGAGUUAUCAAAGAGGGCAGCCUCAUCAGUGGAAAGUCUUUGGAGUUACUGCCCAUUAUUCUCACGGCCUUGGCUACCAAGAAGGAAAAUCUGGCCUAUGGAAAAGGUGAAUCCAGUGGAGAAGAAUGUAAGAAGCAGCUGAUCAACACUCUCUGUUCUGGCAGAUGGGAUCAGCAGUAUGUAAUCCAGCUCACCUCCAUGUUCAAGGAUGUCCCUCUGACUGCAGAAGAGUUGGAAUUGGUGGUGGAAAAAGUGUUGAAGAUGUUUUCCAAGUUGAAUCUUCAAGAAAUACCACCUUUAGUCUAUCAGCUUCUGGUUUUGUCCUCAAAGGGAAGCAGAAAGAGUGUUCUGGAUGGAAUCAUAUCCUUCUUCAGUGAGCUAGAUCAGCAGCACAGUGAGGAUCAGAGUGGUGAUGAGCUGCUGGAUCUUGUUACUGUGCCAUCAGGUGAACUUCGUCAUGUGCAAGGCACCGUCAUUCUACACACUGUGUUUGCCAUCAAAUUGGACUGUGAACUAGGCCGAGAACUUGUGAAGCAGUUAAAGGCUGGACAGCAAGGAGAUUCUAGCAAAUACUUGAGCCCUUUCAGCAUUGCUCUUCUUCUCUCUGUAACAAGAAUACAAAGAUUUGAGGAACAGGUGUUUGAUCUUUUGAAGACUUUGGUUAUGAAAAGCUUUAAGGAUCUUCAGCUCCUUCAAAGCUCAAAGUUUCUUCAGAAUCUAGUCCCUCAGAGAGGUUGUGUGUCCACCACAAUCUUGGAAGUGGUGAAGAACAGUGUUCAUAGCUGGGAUCACGUAACUCAGGGCCUGGUGGAAUUUGGUUUCAUUUUAAUGGAUUCAUAUGGUUCAAAGAAGAUUGUUGAUGGAAAAAUGACUGGAAGCAGCUCCAGUCUUUCUAGAACGCCUCACCAGCACGCAUGUAGGCUCGGAGCGAGUAUACUGCUGGAAACUUUUAAGAUCCACGAGAUGAUCCGACAGGAAAUUCUGGAGCAAGUCCUCAACAGGGUUGUUAACAGGGCGUCCUUUCCCAUCAGUCAUUUCUUAGACUUGCUUUCAGAUAUCAUCAUGUAUGCACCCUUAGUUCUUCAGACCUGUUCUUCUAAAAUCACAGAAACCUUUGACUAUUUGUCCUUCCUACCCCUUCAAACUGUACAAGGGGUGCUUAAGGCAGUGCAGCCGCUUCUCAAAGUCAGCAUGUCAUUGAGAGACUCCCUGAUCCUUGUCCUUCGCAAAGCCAUGUUUGCCAGACAUCUUGAUGCCCGAAAAUCUGCGGUUGCUGGGUUUUUGCUGCUCCUGAAGAACUUUAAAGUUUUAGGCAGCCUGGCCUCUUCUCAGUGCAGUCAGUCCAUUGGGCUCAGUCAGGUGCAUGUGGAUAUUCACAGCCGUUACAAUUCUGUUGCCAAUGAGACUUUGUGCCUUGAGAUCAUGGAUAGUUUGAGGAGAUGCUUAGGACAGCAGGCUGACGUUCGGCUCAUGCUUUACGAGGGGUUCUAUGAUGUUCUUCGAAGGAACUCUCAGCUGGCUAAUUCGAUCAUGCAGACUCUGCUCUCACAGUUAAAACAGUUCUAUGAGCCAAAACCUGAUCUGCUGCCGCCUCUGAAAUUAGAAGCUUGUGUUCUGACCCAAGGAAGUCAAAUCUCUCUACAGGAACCACUGGAUUAUCUGCUGUGUUGUACUCAGCAUUGUUUGGCCUGGUAUAAGAACAGAGUGAUGCCCUUACAACAGGGCAACGAAGAGGAGGAAGAAGAGGGGCUCUACCAAGAGCUAGAUGAUAUGCUGGAGUCCAUUACUAGCAGGAUGAUCAAGAGUGAACUGGAAGACUUUGAACUGGAUAAAUCAGCAGAUUUUUCUCAGAGCACUGGCAUCGGCGUCAAAAAUAAUAUCUGUGCAUUUCUCUUGCUGGGAGUUUGUGAGGUUCUAAUAGAAUAUAAUUUCUCCAUAUGUAAUUUCAGUAAGAAUAAAUUUGAGGAGGUUCUGAGCUUGUUUAUGUGUUACAAGAAGCUCUCUGACAUCCUUAGUGAAAAAACAGGUAAAGGCAAAUUGAAAGUGACCAACAAGACAAACGACAGUUUUUUGUCCCUGAAAUUUGUGUCUGAUCUUCUCACUGCUCUUUUCAGGGAUAGUAUCCAAAGCCACGAAGAGAGCCUGUCUGUUCUCAGGUCCAGCACGGAGUUUAUGCGCUAUGCAGUGAGUGUAGCUCUGCAGAAGGUGCAGCAGCUCCAAGAGACAGGGCGUGUGAGUGGCCCUGAUGGUCAAAACCCAGACAAGAUCUUUCAGAACCUUUGUGACAUAACCCGGGUUUUGCUGUGGAGAUAUACUUCAAUUCCUACUUCAGUGGAAGAGUCGGGAAAGAAAGAGAGGGGAAAGAGCAUCUCGCUGCUGUGCUUGGAGGGUUUGCAGAAGAUACUUAGUGUCGUGCAGCAGUUCUACCAGUCCAAGACCCAGGACUUUCUCAGGGCUCUGGAUGUCACAGAUAAGGAGGGAGAAGAGGGAGAAGCUGAAGACGUCAGUGUCACCCAGAGAGCUGCGUUCCAGAUCCGGCAGUUUCAGAGAUCCUUGUUGAAUUUACUCAGUGGUGAAGAGGAAGGUUUUCAUAGUAAAGAAGCUCUCCUACUAGUUGCUGUGCUCACCAACUUGUCCAAGCUGCUGGAGCCCUCCUCCCCUCAGUUCAUGCAGAUGUUAUCCUGGACAUCUAAGAUUUGCAAGGAAAAUAGCCGGGAGGAUGCCUCGUUUUGCAGGAGCUUGAUGAACUUGCUCUUCAGUCUGCAUGUCUUAUGUAAGAGUCCUGUCACUCUGCUGCGUGACUUGUCCCAGGAUAUCCACGGGCAGCUGGGAGACGUAGACCAGGAUGUAGAGGUGGAGAAAACAAACCACUUUGCAAUGGUGAAUUUGAGAACAGCUGCCCCCACUGUCUGUUUACUUGUCCUGAAUCAGGCUGAAAAGGUUCUUGAAGAAGUGGACUGGCUAAUCACCAAGCUUAAGGGACAAGCGAGCCAAGAAAUCCCACCAGAAGAAGCCUCUUCUCAAGUUUCCCCACCAAGUCAUCCCACUGAGAAAGCCAUCAUUAUGCAACUGGGAACUCUGCUUACAUGUUUCCAUGAGCUCGUGCAAACAGCCCUGCCGUCAGGCAGCUGUGUGGACACCUUACUAAAGGACCUGUGCAAAAUGUAUACCAUCCUUACAGCACUUGUCAGAUAUUAUCUCCAGGUGUGUCGGCGCUCCAGAAGAAUUCCAAAAAAUAUGGAAAAGCUGGUGAAGCUGUCAGGCUCUCAUCUGACCCCACUAUGUUAUUCUUUCAUUUCUUAUGUACAGAAUAAGAAGAGCAGCAACCUGAGUUAUCCGGGAGAGAAGAACAAGGAGAAAACUACUGCCACAGCCAUGGCCAGAGUUCUUCGGGAAACCAAGCCAAUCCCUAACCUCAUCUUUGCCAUUGAACAAUACGAAAAAUUUCUCAUCCACCUUUCUAAAAAGUCCAAGGUGAACCUGAUGCAGCACAUGAAGGUCAGCACCUCCCGGGACUUCAAGAUCAGAGGGAGCAUACUGGACAUGCUCCUCCAGGAGGACGGGGAGGGCGACAGCGCAGGGGUCAGUGUCUGCUUGCUGCCAGGCUGCACCUACAGUAGCCACAGAUCAGUAGAAGGGCAGCCACCAGCAGAGAAAGGGCAGAUAGUGGUGGGCAAAGAAUGUCCAGACAAGGGUUUUAAACUGAACAGAGCCUACAAAGUUGUCCAGGCUUGCAGACACAUCUAGCAAGAGAGUGGCAGCAACAGUGUCUUGCUGUGGGUCCUGUUUCUUUUUGAACCAUUUGACAACAGCCAGCUGCAGCUUUCUAGCUCAAAAAGCAGUUUUUACUUCCUCUGAACAUCUCAGUAAGGCGUUCUUCCUUCACUUCCUGCUUUGUUCCUCUCCCUUCAGUUCUGCCAGUUACAGUGCCACAUCUCCCUCCCUGCAGCAUCUUUGAAGCAGAGCCCAGGAUUUCCUUUUCUGUGGCACCUAAAUUUUUCAUCAUCUUAGGUUUGCUUAAGAGAGAGGUAGCGACUCAGUGUGUGCUUGGCUCUGGGUUCAAUCCCUA